GUGUCUCAGCACCUCACCAACACGGUGUUCGUGGACCGCGCUCUGAUCGUGGUCCCCUUUGCAGAAGGUGUUUUCGAUUUUAUGAACUAGGGUGGGUGUCGAAGAAAGAGUCUGUGAGCCAUGGGUCAGUCCACGCAAUCAAACAGAAAAACACUGACGCACUCCCAAAGCCAGUAACAUUGAAGAGAGUGUUCGCUCAGGACACGCACACAAAACCGUCAAAUAUAGCAAUGGUGGCGAAUUGCAGUAAUCCCGAUAAGCUAACGAAUUAUGAUUCAACUGAUUACAUAACUGAUAUAGUCAACUGAAAUAGUAAACCAUGUGAAAACGAAUUGUAUGCACCAUCAUGCAGACGACACUCACGGCUUAAUGUCAGACGCUUGUGAUGGCGCAUAACAUUGGGAAUAUUUAGCACGGAAAAUGAUACCCUAAACUUUCCAAAUGUUCUGAUUCGUCAUAGAUGCUUAGCUGACUUGACACGAUGUUAGUGCAAUUCUCUUAACCAGGUAUUUUUGUUGUUGUGUUUUACAGUUCUUUUUCCUGGCUCAGUCAGUCGUGUUUACCAGAACCUGCUGAAAUACCACCCAACAGUUUUGUCUCCUGCAACAAAAUUCUCUCUCUCUCUCUCUCUCUCCCUCUCUCCCUCUCCCUUCUCUUGUUUUAAAUGUUGUCAUUGUUGUGUGUCUGUUAUCAGGGUGUUUGUGUUCUCUGGGCACUGCAACUCUUGGGGGUUUUCAGGUUUGCUUGACUAUGGUGAUCCGCCUUACACCAAUUCAGAUUGUGAAAUUGCAAAAAAAAAAACAUGUACAAUUGUGUCUGGAACGUUUGUGCAAUCUGUCCACUCUUUUCAACUACACAAAGCUUAGUUAGGUGACGCAGCGACAGGUAAGGGGACUACAAGUCCUAGUAGACAGCAGACGCAUCACCCAAAACACACUUUCCUUUAGUGUUAACUGCUGUGUCUUUUGAUAUCGAAGUUUUGGGUGAGUAUGAACAGCCUGUCAAAGUGUUGUUGCCAAAUCCCCUGAAACUCUCUUUUUUUUGUGUAUCUCGAUUUUUUUUGUCUCUGUGUGCUUUUAGUAGCGAUGCCGCCCCCGUGAGUCGCUUGUUUCAGUAGACAUCAGUAUGAAAAGUGAGGGCACAACCAACUGGAGAGGCCACUGUGCCUGCUAACGUUUGGUUCAUGACUUAAAAAACAUGUUCAGGCUCUAUCCCGGACGAGGCUAAAGCUUUGUCGCUGUUGGCGCCGGCAAACGCAGUAGCUGGAAUCCUACCCGGAGGGGGUCUUCUUCCAACACCCAACCCGAUGCCCAACCAGCAUAUGGGAGGGAAUCCUUUCGGCGGUCCGAACAUGGAUGCAAUGGCUGCUUUUGGAUUUCCUGGUCCCAACAUGAAUCCCCAGGCUGCCGACCAGCUUCUAAAGUUCAUGACUGAUCCUAAACUCAAUCCCAUGGCAGUCAACAUGAAUAUGAAUGCCAACAUGAAAGCCGAAGCAGCCAACAAAGAGAUUGAGGAGGCUAUGAAGCGAGUGAGGGAAGCCCAGUCCCUCAUCUCCGCAGCCAUCGAGCCGGGAAAUAAGGAGAGCAAGAAGAAGCACUCGCGAUCCCGCUCCAAGUCGAGGCGGAGGAGAUCCAGAUCGCGUUCACGGCACAGGCGUUCCCGGAGCCGAUCGAGGCGACGCUCCAACUCCAGGAGCAGGCGGCGCUCCAAGAGCCCCCGGCGUUCCCGGAGGUCCCACUCCCGAGAGCGAGGUCGAAGGUCACGCAGUAGAUCCAGAGACCGAAAGAAGGAGGAGUCAGCGCGGAGGAGAUCGAAAACGCCGCCAAAGAGCUACAGCAUGAGCAGGAGAUCCCGCAGCGUGAGCACGCGGAGACGCAGGAAAAGCCGCAGCACCAGCCGGUCGCCAAAGAGGUCCCCUAAGAGAAGGGUCUCCCGGUCCCCGUCUCUGAGGAGACACAAGAAGGAGAAGAAGAAGGACAAGGAGCGAGACAGGGAGCGCCGGAGCGACAAAGACCGCCUCCGCGAGGAGCGCGAGCGAUCAGCCAGUAAGAAGAAGAAGAUGAAGGACAAGGACCGAGAGCGGGAACAGCGAGAGAGGAAGUCGGACGGAGAGAAAGGCGAUGUAAAGUUGCAGAUCACGAGGAACUACGACGAGGAGGAGCAAGGCUACGACAGCGACAAGGAGAGGAAGGGAUCGGAUGACUCCGGCAUGUCGCCUCACUCGGUGGACGGCCGCAGCAACGGGCGCAAGCAUGCCAAGGUCAACGGCGGCCUCCGCGCCGACGACAUGGACGUCAGCGACUGAGUGGGAGCUUAGUUGGAAGUGCCUUAAGGCUGAGUUAUAGUUCCACGUCGACGCAACGCAAGGGGGUUUACAGAUUCAUCACGUCCUUGCGGACCCUCCGUGCGUCCAGGGCCUGGCGUGCGCCCUCCCAAAAAUUGUAACCUUGCGUCGUGGCGACGCAGCAGCGAGGGCUGUGAUUGGUCCGCUCACUAAAACCCGACACAGAACCCAAAACAGGUUCACGUCUGCGUGGUCCUUCCGUUGCGUCGACGUGGAAUCAUAACUGAGCCUUUAGGGACUCGACACUGUGUUUUACCACCCCCCCCCCCCCAUUUACGUUUGUUGUUGACACAGGUUAUGUCAUUGUGUUUUUGUUCCCUCCCACUCGUGAAUUGAAGUCAAAACCUGAAUUCUGCUUCGAGAUGUGAUCGGCGUCCCUCACACGACAGACUACUCUUCCGCCACUGGAUAGAAACGAGAUUGUCAUUUCUAUAUACGGUUCAAACUGAUGACGUUUUCAGAAGUAGCCCCCUUAUUCUUUCUCCUCCUCUUCGGAUAUUAUCUAUAACUGCAGUCGCUAUUUACGUUCUUUUUCUUGAGCUUGUGAUUACGAGGUUUUCAGUUGUUGUGACAUCCAUGUUAAGUUGUGCAGAGCCUUUGUUUAGUGCUACUCCUUCUCCAGCAUCUAAUCACCAUGUUGCUGCUUUGCUUGUUGAAGUUUGAACAUGUU